AUGCCCAUUAGACUAAUCAACACGGAGACGCUGCAGAUGAGUUUCUUCAGCAACAGCAAGCUGCAGGGAUAUGCCGUUCUAUCACACACGUGGGUCGAAGAUGAAGAGGUCAGUUUCCAGGAGAUGUGCCAGAUCGCCGACAACCCCGAUCACGAGGCAACCCGAAAAUCCGGGUAUCACAAGAUCGUCGCGACAUGCCAAAAGGCGAAACGGCGCGGUAUACAGUACGCAUGGGUCGACACAUGUUGCAUAGACAAGACGAGCAGUGCCGAACUGAGCGAGGCCAUCAACUCCAUGUUCCGCUGGUACCAAGACUCCCAAAUCUGCUUCGCUUACCUCGCCGACCUGUCCGUCAGUGCUUCGGAUACCGAGACAGCUCUGAAGAACUGUCGAUGGUUCGCUCGUGGCUGGUGUCUACAGGAGCUGUUAGCUCCAAAGGUUGUUGCCUUUUACGAUGAGUCUUGGAAUUACCGGGGUUCCAAAUCUGAGUUGAAACCUACAAUCGCCGCGAUUACUGGUGUGGAUGGGGACGUUCUGGAAGAUUGCAGCGUCAUGUAUUCCUUGCCAGUGGCCCGUAGGAUGUCGUGGGCAUCGAAGCGGAUCACGACACGCGAGGAAGACACUGCAUACUGCUUACUCGGUAUCUUCGACGUGAACAUGCCCAUGCUGUACGGCGAAGGAGACAAAGCAUUCUUACGACUCCAAGAAGAAAUAAUUCGGCGUUAUAACGAUACAUCGAUCUUUUGCUUUUCGCCCCCGCGGACUCAGCCCGCCAUAUCCAACCCAAACGAGGAAGAGACAAUAUUGGAGUUGUCAAAACUCCGAUUCUGCGAUAUGUUUGCCAAGUCACCAGCAGACUUUGCGGACUGCGGAUCAAUGAGGCAUAAGCCGGGAUCCUGGGUCCCAUUUGAUAGGCAGGCAACUUCCCUUACCAACCGCGGCAUCCAACUCGGCAAGCAGACGCUCUACUGGACCCCACGCACGGGAAUCCAAUGUUUCGGUUGGGAGGUUCCCUACGAGUUAUCACAGCUGGAUGGUAAAACCCCAAGGAAUACCGACAUUUUUCUUCGGAAGAUCGGCCGUGGCCUUUUUGUAAGAGUGCCGGCGCAAAUCAGCAUACCUCCAUCCGAAAAGCCAAAAGUUGCCGAAGACGUCUGCGUGCUUCUUCACGUGAACCCCUCAAUCCAUAGCCAGAUCCAUGAAGCUCUCAAGAAAGUCAUUCGGAUCCGGAUACAAAACCACCAGGGAACGCGCACUGAGAUAUCUGGCCAAGUUCCCCGAGAGAGUUGGGACGAGAGCACCUCGCAGUUCCUCGUCCCCGACGCCACCGAAUUCAGCGGCUACGUCUCCAUCAGAGCAGUGGUGGAAGGUUCAGAGGACAAGCACGUCUUCCUCGGUUGCAGCACUGGCAAGGGGAUGUACCCUUAUGAACCCCGGGUUGCGAUCGCUCAAAUCGGGACAAAAGCGCCGAGUGGAGCUGAAGGGUACUGGUCUUCAGGGCUCUGGAGGUUUACCCUCGCGAAUAGUGCUUCCCCAACAUCUUUUGAGGUAAAGUUGGGCUCAGUACGCAUCACGGCGAACAUAGUUCGAGGUGUUGAUCAGGAUUCUGGUUCGGAGAUUUACACGUGUAGAGUGAAUGUAUAUAACAAUGUGCUCCUCAAGUUGCAGAGAGAAGGCGCAAGUAACGAAAAGGGUAAGAGUUGGUGGUAA